AUGUCGACUGCUCCGUCGGCGUCGCCGUCAGGGGUGAGUGCACCUCUUACAGUUGACAAUGAAAACAAUCGCAGUGGCUUGAUUGUAGUUCUCACUGGUUUUUAUCUGGUUUUGAUACUGGCAUCUGUAGCCGCACGCGCAUUUUCUUUAUGGCACAGGCGAAGCGUACAAACCGAUGAUUAUCUAUUCAGUUUUCUCGCGAUAAUUGCCAUUAUUCAGGGAGUCGUUGUAUUUGUGUCGGUCCACUUUGGCUGGGGUAAUCUCGCUGGGGCUAAGACCGAUGGAAUGUUCAAGGCUGCUUAUACUGCCGAUAUUCUUUCAAUUCUCGUUCUUGGCUUGUCGAAAGUCACUGCCUGUGUUUUUUACGAUAAACUUUUCUCGCCAGUGUUUUCUCAAUGGCAAGCUAUCACGGCUCUUGACAUCUUCAUUGAAAUACUCCUAUCUUGCUACUCUGUUUCUGCCAUCUACAGUGUCCGAAUCUCAAAAUGUAAAAAGUUGAUGGUCUUCUCAGCUCUAGAGAGCAGAGUUCUACUAAUCGCUCUAUCUGCUAUUCGCUUAUAUUAUGUGAAUAAACAAUUGGAAUCAACCCACCCAAUUCUCAUCGGAUCCUUCGCUACCGUCGCUACCGAAAUCUACCUCGCCCUCAGCAUAGUUUGCCUUGUCACCGCAUUCGUCAAGUCCUUUAUUGAUGUUUACGUCGAUGAAAAUGGAAUCUCAUAUACUGAAGGCGCUUCAGGAUCAAGGUCGAGGUCAAAGUCUGCGAAACUUCAUUCGGCCAACAUCUUCUCCAACGUCGGGCUCUCUCGGACUUCUACGACAGUCCAGGGAGUAGGAGGCUGGGAGCGGGAAGAAGAUCCUAUAAUCGAUCCGGCUGAGGGAGGAUCAGGGUUACAAAUUUUCAAGACUGUGCAUCUUACCAUGCGCGAUGAGUCUAUAGAGCUUCUCGAUCAAGCGAGGUCAAGAUUUUAG